CAAAAAAGCAAACGUCCUUAUCAAAACCACAUUAUUAGUGAGACGUCUGGCAGUGGGGGCGUCAUGGUCGCCGACGACGUCGAAUUGGAGUUCAUAUCUGUGAUGGGCGUUCUCGUGCCAAUGGAGGCGACCAAGGGAGUGUCAAGCGAGGCCAAGCGCUUCGCUGCCGGCGACGUAUUCAGCGAUGAUGAGGGCACAAACCACGCCGAAGUCUCUAACGAUGUCGGGCAUACUGAAAUCAAGUGUAAUAAAUUGGAGGAGGAUAAAACUACAAAUUGCCCAAAACUUGAUGAUUUUAAGACUAGACCGGAGGGGAAGAAAAAGAAGAAGCAAAAGCAGGAGCAUAAGCUCGAGGAAGGCGGCGAACAUACCGGAUCUAAGAAGGAAGUGACGACCAAGAUGAACAUUGAUCCCCGAACUAGUGUGUUCGAAGACAAGAGGCUGGAUCAAUGUGAGUCAGACUCUCUGGAAGCCAACAUAACAGCGAAGAUGGCGACAGGUGAUGAUUCUCCUGUGAACGUUGAAUAUCGGAUGAAAAGUAAGAAAUCUCGGGCAGCCAGGAAAAGAUCUUCUACGUCAGAAUCAAAUGGUGAUUAUGGGCAUACGCUGAACGGGGAAACUGUUAAGCAAGAGAAAACUAAACCCACGCAGGAGACGCCUAAAAGUUCGAAAUCAAGGAAACGAUCCGUGCAAGCGAAGGCAAAAGCUGAAUCUGAAUCACCGGUGCUUGAGAGAAAUCCGAAAAAAGGCAUCAGCAAAACCCGAAAAGCGAAGAAAUCGCUUGGAGUACAAUCAAAAACAGAUCCUGAGCAACCGUUAACAACACAAAAGGAGCAGCAACAGCAGCAGACCAAAAGAUGCAGAACAACUGAGAAAGCUACGACAGCAAGACCCAAACACAAACGUUCCAGACCUCCUGGUGGAGAUGCAAACACAAAUUCUUCGUCUAUGAAGCAGCCCAAAACUGCUCAAUCCAAAGUGGAUAAAGGCCAAGCCACCAAUAAACUACAGACCUGUGAUCACAAUAACCCCGACCGCUGUUCGUAUCCCAAGUGCUCACAGCCAACACAGUCCAAAUCCAAGUGUGCCAAGCAUAGUGAUCGUCCACGCUGUUCACUACCGGAUUGUACGAAGUUUGCUCAUUCACGUGGUAAGUGCGUUCGUCAUGGCGGAGGUUCUCGAUGCGCUGAAGAGAAUUGCGGUCGUCGGUCUCGUUCACAGGGCAAAUGCUAUGCUCAUGGUGGAGGAAUGUUAUGCUCUCAUCCGACUUGUCCUCUUCGAGCCAAGACGAAGGGCAAAUGUGUCGCCCAUGGAGGAGGAACAGUCUGCUCGGAAAAAGAGUGCGAUAAAUUGGUUACUGCAAACGGGAAAUGUACUUCUCAUGGUGGGUGGGUUAACUGUUCGCAUUCAGGAUGCGAAAAGCGUGUUCAGUUACGUGGUAAAUGCAUGGAACACAGCGAGAGUGAUGUUCCAGUAGGUGAUAAACCUGCCAAGCGAUUCAGAAAAGCUACGAUCAAGCCUGGCGAGAUGAACGUACCACGUAAGAAGCACAAAGGCGUUGAUUUGGAAAAAUCUACUGCUGAGGAGACAGUGAAUGAGAGAGCGAAAGAAGCUGUGGGUGAGAUUGAGAAGACCAAAACGACGACGGAGCAGUUGGACGAGACGACGAUGGCUCUGCGAAGUGGACAACGCAUUAAGCUCGUUACUCAGAACUCGGCAAGUGGGUAUGGAGAGCUUCAGUCCGAAGAGGAGGCACUCCAAAUGGCAUUGAAGUUGUCAUUAAUUGAGUUCUAGAAGGCCUAUUUGGCUUUAUAGUAUGUUCACUAUUUUAUCACUCAAGAAUAAACCCCACCAAAAAUGAUCCAAUCCUGAGUGAUGGUACUUCAACUUGGAGUGAUGGUCAGAUAGAUAACUCCUGACCCCUCUCAUCGUCGUAACCGCUGCAAAUAUCCCCACUAGGUAAUACAUAGGCC